CUAUGUUCUGGAUCCAGGCACUUGUUUCAUCAUGGAAAAGAGGUGAUACAAUGCCAUUCAUAUUUGACACGGUUUGGGACCUUGUAAAGUUAGCAGACUAUCUUACUGGAAGAGAUGAUAUAGACCAUUCCAGGAUAGGAAUUACUGGGGAAUCACUUGGAGGAAUGCAUGCAUGGUUUGCUGCUUUUGUUGACACACGUUAUUCAGUGGUUGUCCCCAUAAUUGGUGUUCAGGGAUUUCGUUGGGCCAUUGAUAAUGAUCAAUGGCAGGCUCGAGCUGACAGUAUCAAGUCUGUGUUUGAAGAAGCACGGCACGACUUAGGGAAGGACGCCAUUGACAAAGAAGUCGUGGAGAAGGUUUGGAACAGGAUAGCGCCUGGUUUAACAUCGGAGUUUGAUUCAGUUCAUACAGUUCCACUGAUUGCACCACGGCCUUUGUUGAUUUUGAACGGCGAAGAAGAUCCUCGUUGCCCGAUUGCAGGUCUGGAUGUUACUAUAUCAAGAACCUGCAAGGCUUUCCAAGAUGCCAAUUGUCCAGAUAGUUUCAAGGUGAUUGCAGAAGCAGGAAUUGGGCAUGAGAUGACGGGGUCAAUGGUUAAAGAAGCGAUGAAUUGGUUUGACAAGUUCUUCCAACCAUAGAAGAAAUUAAUUUGGACUUACGUAUUUUGAACAACAAAACUGCUAUGUAUAUUAUGUAUUAUGUAUUAUGUAUUAUGUAUUAUGUAUUAUGUAUGUAUAUUAUCAUUCAGUAGAAUUUUGAACUUGGUGGUCAAUGGUCAUGGUCAUGGUGGUGACUUGGGUUCAGAGUUGUUUCAAGUUUUAUUUUGCUAAUGAAGAUGCCAUUCAAUUCUC